AUGGCCGAAGCACAAGCCCCCCUCGUGGCCGUCAAGGUCGAGGCCCUGGUGGUGAUGAAAAUCAUCAAGCACUGCAACCAGACCUUCCCCACCACCGCGACCGGAUGCCUCGUCGGCAUGGACUUUGACAACACCCUCGAGAUCACCAACUCUUUCCCUUUCCCCGUUGUUGAGAUGCCCACCGAGUCGCACUUCGACAAUGCCUCCCCGAAUCCCGCCGCCGCUGCUCCCCGCGCCAAGGGCAACGCCGCCUACCAGGCCGAGAUGAUUCGCAUGAUCCGCGAGGUCAACAUUGACGCUAACAACGUCGGAUGGUACACCAGCGCCAACAUGGGCAACUUCGUCAACAUGAACGUGAUUGAGAACCAAUUUUACUACCAGAAGGAGUUGAACGAGCGGACAGUUGCGCUGGUUCACGACGUCAGCCGCAGCGCUCAGGGUGCCCUCAGCCUGCGCGCGUUCCGCCUCUCCGCUAAGUUCAUGGAGGCGUUCAAGGAGAACAAGUUCACCUCAGAGGAUUUGCAAAAGUCCAACAUCCGCCACCAAGACAUCUUCGAGGAGCUCCCCGCCCCACUGACCUCCCCCCCCUCGCUCGCCGCUCUUGAGGCCGGCCCGUUCUCCAAAUCCUCCAUCCUCACCCCCAACUUCGACAACCUGUCCCUCAGCAUUGAUCCUUUCCUCGAGAAGAACUGCGAUCUCCUGCUUGACAGCAUCGAGGCCCACAACACCGAGGUCAACAACUACCAGUACUACCAGCGUGUGCUCGGUCGCGAGCAGACCAAGAUCAACAACUGGAAGCAGAAGCGCGCCCAGGAGAACGCCACCCGCGCCACUCUCAAGCAGCCCCUGCUCCCCGAGGACGAGUGGCAGCGUCUGUUCAAGCUCCCCGCCGAGCCCAGCCGGUUGGAGAGCAUGCUCAACACCCGUCAAGUGGAGCAGUUCUCUCGCCAGGUCGACAGCUUCGUCUCAUCGACUACCGGCAAGAUGUUCGCUGCCAAGGGCAACUUGCUGCCUGAGACUGCGAACUAG